AGAUUACACAGUCUGUAUACAUUCAACUUCAGAGUUGGAGAAGAUCUGCCACACUCUCUGCAAGGCACAGAUUGCGCCCAGGAAAGGGGUGACGCAAGCACACAUCGGUCAGCGGCGGACCUCGUCGAAGUUGGGCACGGAAAGGCAUCGCCGGAUUUCGUCGGCUCAGGCGGCACGAUGGGUAAAGGUGACAAGGACACCCCGUCUUUCGAAAGGACCUGGAACAGCACGACCAGCAGUGGCUACUGCAGCCAGGAGGAGUCCGAUCCUGAAUUGGAGCUCUUCUACACCGCCAAGACCUCGAUCUUGCCCCGGAGGUCCCCUACAAAGAUACAGGAUGAGAAGCCGGAGAAACAAACCCCGACGCCGGAGCUGAGCCAGAAGGAGACGGAGCAGAAAAUUAAAGAAUACAACUCCAAGAUUAAGAGCAAUCUCUUCAUGAGUAUGAACAAAGAUGGCACUUACACCGGCUUCAUCAAAGUUCAGCUGAAGCUGGUCCGCCCGGUGUCCGUCCCCCCCGCCAAGAAGCCGUCCUGCGCCCGGGAACGGAGGGGGUCGGCCAACUCCCAGCAGGUGAAACGCAGGACCUCCUUCUACCUCCCCAAAGACGCCUCGAAGCACCUCCACCUCAGCUCCCGCACCACGGCCAGCGAGGUCAUCCAGGCGCUCCUCCGCAAGUUCACCGUGCUCGACAACCCGCGGAAGUUUGCGCUGUUCCAGCGGACGGAUCAGGAGGGGCAAGUGUGCCAGAGGAAACUAUCAGAUGAGGAGGAACCGCUGAAGCUGCGUCUGCUGGCCGGGCCGUGUGAGAAGUCCCUGAGCUUCGUGCUGAAGGAGAACGAGACCGGGGAAGUCAAUUGGGACGCCUUCAGCAUGCCGGAGCUCCAGAACUUCCUGCGCAUCCUGCAGCGGGAGGAAGAGGAGCACAUGCGCCAGAUCAUCCAGCGCUACACCCGCUGCCGCCAACAAAUGCAGGAGGCCCUGACGGAACGCACCCCCGGCUGA